GGUGCAUCCUCGCCAUGUGCGUCAUCCCGGUGCUGUCGCUCUUCGCGUGCGUUCGCGUCGCGUCGGGCUUAGGUGAGUUCCUGCAGCCGCCGCCGUCGUGGCCGUCUCUGCCGCCGGUCCCGCCGACGGUGAUUCGCCUGUUCAACCCGGGGACCCCCGUGAACGUGAGGAGGAAGGAUCGGCCCACGUUUGGGUACUUGAACCCCUUCGAUCGUUGGGGGUUCCCCGUCCUCCUUCGCACGAACCGACUUCAUGAUUCCCCAAAUCCUUUCCAGGCGGAGAUCCACCCGUACUCCCUGAGCAAGCGGACGCACCGGCCGAACCCCCUGCUGAACUUCAACGGGUUCCCGCCCCCCGGCGACAAGUCCUCGCAGCCGCCCCGAGUCAAGUCUUCGCCCGCCGCCGACAAGUCUUCCGCCUCCCCGUUCCGUCUCCAGGCCUCCGUCUCCUCAUGUCCCCGACUCUACGAGACGGUGGAGCUCCGCUGCGCCGUCGACCCGAAACAGGCCUGGGACCCCAAAAUGGACUUCGCCUGGACGAAGAAAUCGUACGGAGGCGGAGUGGAGAUGGAGGAGGAGCUGAUGUCGUCGGGCAGAGCGUCGUGGCGGGGGCCGCGGUUCAGGGCGCGGGCGAGCGAGGACGGGCAGUACGUGCUGGAGAUCCAGGACUUCAGGGCGGAGGACUGUGGGCUGUACGAGUGCCAGGCGAGGAGGGGGUGGGAGAGGGAGACGGCGCAGCUCACGCUCUUCAUGUGUCAUUGA